AUGGAAAAUGAAGGUGUCAAACUGUACAAUUCAGUAACCCAACAAAAGGAGGUAUUCAAGCCCCAAAUUCCUGGCAAGGCUUCUAUGUAUGCCUGUGGUGUCACUGCCUACGAUUUCAGCCACCUUGGCCAUGCACGUGCUGCUACUGCAUUUGAUGUUUUAUUCAGAUACCUACAACACUUGGGUUAUGAAGUUACUUAUGUUCGGAAUUUCACUGAUAUUGAUGACAAGAUAAUUCGUCGGGCAAAUGAGCUUGGUGAAGAUCCAUUAUCUUUAAGUAGCCGGUUUUGUGAAGAAUAUCUUGUUGACAUGACCGAUCUGCAGUGCCUCAUUCCAACACAUCAGCCACGUGUAACUGAUCACAUGGAACAGAUUAAGGACAUUAUCACUCAGAUUAUAGAAAAAGACUGUGCAUAUGCAGUGGAAGGAGAUGUCUUCUUUGCUGUUGAUAAAUCCCGAAAUUAUGGACAGUUAUCUGGGCAGAGGCUGGAAAAUAAUAGAGCAGGGGAACGUGUUGCUGUUGACUCAAGAAAACGUAAUCCUGCUGACUUUGCACUGUGGAAGGCGGCAAAGCCAGGUGAGCCAAGUUGGGAGAGUCCAUGGGGCCCUGGAAGGCCAGGAUGGCAUAUAGAAUGCAGUGCAAUGAGUGCCCAGUAUCUGACCUUCAAAUUUGACAUCCAUGGCGGUGGAAUUGAUUUGAUAUUUCCACAUCAUGAGAAUGAAAUUGCCCAGAGCUGUGCAGCUUGUGAAGAGAGCAGCGUGAGUUACUGGUUGCAUAAUGGGCAUGUCACUAAUAAUAAUGAGAAAAUGUCAAAAUCAUUGGGUAAUUUUUUCACAAUCCGCCAGAUUACUGAACGGUAUCAUCCACUGGCGUUGAGACACUUCUUGAUAAGUGCACACUAUCGCUCUCCCCUCAAUUACUCUGUUUUGCAGUUGGAAAGCUCAUCAGACGCUGUCUUCUACAUUUAUCAGACAUUGCAAGAUUGUGAGGAUGCUUUAUUGCCAUUUCAAGAAGGAAACCAGAAGGAAGCCGCUGGACAGAAUGGCAACAUGGUUCCAAUUAUUGCUGAUGCCAAAAAAUGCAUUUCUAGGCUGCGUGAAGAGUUUGAGACUAAGAUGUCAGAUGAUUUGAAUACUUCACCUUUAUUGACUGGUGCUUUCCAAGAAGCCUUGAAGUUCAUAAAUGGUUCUUUGGGCAUGCUGAAGAAGAAACAACAAAAGAAACAACAAUUGUCAUUGAUUCGGUCCCUUACUGAAGUUAAGAAAGAAGUUACAGAAGUUCUGAGAAUUCUGGGAUUGUUUCCUCCUUGCACUUGCGCUGAGGUUUUACAGCAGUUGAAAGAUAAGGCAUUAAAGAGAGCAGGACUAACAGAAGAUGACGUGAUGCAUCUGAUUGAGGACAGAGCAGUGGCAAGGAAAAGUCAGGAUUUCAAGAAAAGUGAUCAGAUCAGGACUGAUUUGUCUGCAAAGGGCAUUGCACUAAUGGAUGUGGGCAAGGAAACAGUUUGGAGACCUUGUGUUCCUGUUGAGAAAGAAGAGAAGGCAUCGACAGUUGCGGAAGAGCCAACACCACCACCACAAGCUGCAUCAAGUUGA